AUCAGGGGUACAACGCUCUGCUCAGUCGUUUCUGGCACGCCGUACCGUCCGCCUCGGCUACAAUUUUUCUCCAUCCGAUUCUUUCACACGUGUCGGCAGUCCCCCCGUGCAUGCAGUGCAUCACAUUGUAUGGACACAACCCCCACAGUGGGACAUCGCCAAGAUCUGAUAAAUUAAAAAAAAGAAGGAAGAGGAAAGGCCACGCGGAUAAAGUGUGCGGAGUCUGCGUGUACAGUUGCGGAUCUCUCGUGUCGCACCCCGUGACGGAGUCUGCGUGGGAGACACCGUUUUUUUUCUUUUUUUUUUUUCUUCUUUUUGUCGGACAAAGUGAUGAGUCAGGUCAGACCUUUGGUCAAAAAGAGGAUUUUUUACGCCAAAAGAAUGGUCAAGAAGGACAAACUGCUUUUUGUCAUCAUUACGCCCGACCUCGUCGCUUGACUCUGUUUUUUUUUCGUGCAGUGCGGGAGUGUUUGAUAUACCACUUCGACAAUCUUAUCUUUCGCACGGGAGGAACUUGGCUUCCGCGGACGAUUCUUAUCUAUCGACAAUUACAGAGUCGCUGUUUGUUGACUCAGUGCACAUAUUAUAGUGUCGCUGUCUCUUUGAGUGUGCGUGCGUAACAUAAGCGUGUGCUUUUCAAGUGCUCGUGCGUGCGCUCGCGAGAGUUGGGAUUUUGGACAAGACGAUCCUUUUUUUUUUUUUUUUUACAAUUUUGUCAAUCCGUCCGAUUUCGCGUGUGGACAUAGACAGAGGAACAUUAGAUUGGCCAAAGGGAAGUUGGUGCUAAAGUGCAAAGUGUGUUUUCGUGGUAUUGAUAACAAAUAUCAAGUACAAGAAACAGGACAAACGUAAAGAAAAGAGAAAGUAGUUGUUAAAUAUUGGUAUUUUUAGAAAAUAGUAUUAUAGAGUCGCGUCGGGUCUUCCUUUAUCGAAUUUCAAUCGUAUCAACAUAAGAUUGCGUACAAUAAUUUAAUUAUACAUAUAUUACUAUACUUACGUAGAAAGUAAGAAUCCGUACGAUUGCCAAAAAUGUUGUCCAAAAGCUACGGUUAUUCGGGCAGUCCGAGUAGCGUUCUAUCGCCAAAGAGGAGUUUAUGGGGCAGUUCUCGUAGUGCGUUCAAAAACAGCAGCAAUAUGCCGCUUCCCAAUAUUACGAUGGACUUGACGAUGCCUGGAGCGGUAAAUGACACGAACGUAAAGUCGCCGGGAAACUCGUCCUUUAUGGAAGGCGGCCAAGGAAUCUGGGCCCCCCGCCGGACCAUGAAAGAGUACGAGGAGCAGAUGAACUUCCUCCAAAAGGAGAACUUCAACCUGAAGUUGCGCAUCUUCAUGCUCGACGAGCGCUUGGGCAUCAACUCCUCGGACCAGGAAGUCAUGAAAAAGGCUCUCGAUGGCAAAAUGGAGAACGAAAGCCUCAAGAAGGAGCUCAUGGAGAAGCACGAGCUGCUCGUCCAAGCGGCCAGGGCCAUGGAACUCGUGGUCGAGCAAAAGUCGUCGUUCGAGCGGCAACAUUCCGAGGACCAGGAGGCUCUCGAGCAGGAACGCUCGAGGGCGGAGAAGCUCGAGAAGGAGGUCGAGGAGUGUAAGGCGAAGCUGAACGACGCCGCGUACUUCGAGGAGACGUUCGGGAUAUCGCCGGAGGAGGCCUUGGAGUGCAAGGAAAAGCUGCAACAGGUCGAGGAGAUCAAGGCAUCGCUGGAGUCGGAAUUGAAGCAGUUGUCGGCGAGCUUGGACGAGGAGAGGGAGUGGGCUCGAGAGGUGGAGAAAGAGCGGGACCAGUUGAGGAUCAGGUUGGACGCGGAGGUCAUAUCCAAGGAGAAGUUGGCGCUCAAGAGGGACCGGGAGAUGGAGGCGCUCAACGAGAGGAUCAAGGAGCUCGAGGAGCAGGUCUUGAAGAAGGAGGGCUCGUGCCAGCAGCUGAGGAAGGAUGUCGUCGAGAAGGACAAGGUGAUCGGGGAAAAGAAUGCCCUGCUGGAGGAGAAGAGCAGAGUUUACGAGGAAGUCUCGGCGGUCGCGGAGAAGCGAAAGAAGAUGUUGGACCAGCAGAGGAGCUCCAUCAUCGCGAUGGAGGCUUCUUUCACGGAUCUCAACAUCAAGCACCGCAAUUUGCUGGCCAAGUUUGACGGCUCGAGAGUCAACUCGUCGACGUUGUCGUUGGCCGACGAACAACUCUAUGGUAAAACGUACGGCCUGUGCAGUCCCACGAGGAGUUGUGGCCCAUUGGAUCUGAGUUCCGAAAGAGCCAAGACACGCGAUUUGUACGGUUAUCUGGACAGGAGGGAUCCUCAGGAAAUGAAAAAAGAGCUGGAGGAAAUGGAACGAGAGCUCAGGAAACAAGAGGAGUUGAAAAAACAGUUGAACCUGAAGCUGUACUACGCUCAGGAAUCGGUUCAGGAGAGCGAAAAAAAUUACAAAAAGUUACAAGUUGAGAAUCGAAAAGCCCUCCAGAUGAUCCAGAGUUUCAUGAAGCGUCACGAACAGUCGAUGGAGCAGGAGGCCAAGAAAAACCGGAGGAUCUUGGAGUUGGAAGCCGAGCUCUCGAAGCUGCGCAACGAUUAUUCGCGGGCCAGCAGGACCAGCAUCACCAGCACGCCCGUGCGCAAGAAGCUCAGCGGCGAGUAUCUCGAAAGUCCCGAGCGUGACAGCAGUGCCCAGCAACGAUUCGAGGAGCUGGAGAGCAAGAUCAACGAUCUCCGAGACCAAAUCGAUACCGUCAAGGCCGAAAAGAGUUUGCUGGAAAAACAAACGAAAAUCGAGUCCGAGGAGUUGCGCGAGCGCUUGGAAAACAAAGACCUGAAAAUCGAGUGUCUCGAGUGCGAGAAGCAGUCCAUUGAGUGCGAGCUGCGGGACAAAGCCAACGAGUACGACAAGCUGAAGGAACAGUAUAACAAGGACGAGCUGCGUCGCGAGCUCGAGGACAAGAACCGGCAGAUCGAGGAGUUGAGCAAAGAGCUGCAGAUCAAGACCCACAACCUCCAGCAUUUGGUCAACACCGAGCUCUGGAGUAAGAACCGCGAGAUCGCCAAGUUGCAGAACUACGUGACGGCCACGCAGUGCGGUGUUCCGGACAGUACGGACGCGAGUUUGCAGCUGAGGGCCCUGAUCAAGGAGCUGAACGACAUUGGCAUCCAGGUGAUGCUCACCGACGACAUUGUCCAGCUGAACUACGCCGACUCGGAGACUAGCGUCGACGCGUCGACUCUCACCAGUUACAUACACAAGCUGCUCGCUCAGAAGGCCGAGCUGGAGGAGAAGGUGGAUUACCUCAAGUGGCUGAAUGUCGUCUCGAAACCGAGCAGUCCCAUUGGCGUUGCCGAGGUCGGUGGAUGCGACUCCUCGGUCGAGAAGGACAGAAAGUACUGCGAGAUGCUCAGGACACAUUUGAAGGAGCUGGUCAAAUUUAUGAACGAGAUGCUGAGGGAGCAGAGCGCCGAGGUCAAAAGCAAGCAGAAGAAGAUAGUCUACGAUGCCCUCAUGAAGUCCAACAUCCUCUCCGAGGACUUUAUCAACACCCUCGACUGCAUCAAGCCCGAUGAGCUUGACUGCACCUCUGGAUUAGACAAAUCGGCGAGGAAGAGCAAAUCCGACAACUUGAUGGACUCGAAGAACCAGUUGUCCACUCCGUCGGAUUCGGAGACUUUUUCGGAGCCCGAUCGGACGGUUUCGCAAGCGCGUAUGGGCCUACCGGAGAUCAGGCGGAAAUUCCAGGUGACUAGAGCGAGACUGUUCAAGUACGCAAAGAAACGCAGUGACUCCGAGGACUCGGGAGAUUCGGCGCCAGGGCUGGCCAAUUCUUGCCAGAGCGACGGGACCGACUGUGACGCCAAUCGGCAGAUACUCGAGCUCAAGGACAUCAACAACUUUUUGUGCUCCGAGCUGAAUUCCCUGAAAAAGGAGCUGAUGAAGACGCUCGGCGACGACUUUGUCAACAACAAGCUGUCGAUGCUGCUGACCAAGCUGGAAAAGUCGAGUCUCUACUGCGAGAAGCUGCAGAAUACCUUGGAGAAGAAAAUUCACGAGUGCCACUCCCUUAAGAAGGAGAGCAAGCAGAACAGCGCCAGGAAACUCCAGCUGGAAAUUAAAAUUCUGGAGAUGGAGGGCAGGGCCCUCGAGCUGACCAAGCAGAAGGGAGAGCUGUUGCAGUUCAAAGAGACGGUGGAUAAGAAAACCGCUGACAUGAUCUUUGUGUUUAACAAAGAUAACGAAGUGAUGAGGCUGAAAAUUAAACAGUUGGAGGAUGAGAUUGCAAAAUCGAAUGCGAUGGUUUCUAAGCUCACGACAGAUUUGGACCAGUUAACCAUGACGAACAGUCAAAUUGUGGUAGAAAAUACCCAGCUAACAAACGACAAACUCAGGCUUGAGCAAGAUCUGAGAAAAUCGGAGAAUCAUUACGGCGUCACAGUUCGUAAUCUUCAAGACAAAUUUCACAAGGAGGUAACCGACUUGAAUCAAGCCAACGAAUCUCAUCGAGCCCGAUUGCAAGAGCUCGAGGCGACAAACAAGGAACUGCGAAGACACGUGAUUGUGUGCGAGGCGAGUGAUUCUGCUCCAAGCUCCAGCGGAAUAUCCUCGAUUCCACCAGACGUCGGGGCAAAGUCGAUCCGUGACGAUAUCCUCGGCGAAUACGACGCUUACAACGGCGUCCAAAAUUGGUUGCCUUUGACUUACCAAACGUCGAGUGGGCGCAGCAAGUCCAGCUGUUCUCCGGAUCUCGGCAUUGAAAGCGACACCGCGGGUACAUCGUCAAAACCGUACGAAAAAUCCCUAAAGAUCACAGAGUCCAUGAACAAUUUGCUCAGCGAUGACGAAAGUGGGCUUUUAUAUUAUAGUCUCGAGGAAGUGCGAGCGCUUAAAAACGAGAACGCCGCGCUCAGGAGGAGGUUGAUGAGAACAAAGCGAGCUCUGGAGGACACGUUUCAUUAUUUGUCGGCUUCCAACAAGAACAAGAGAAGCGUCGAAAAAGCCAUCACGAUACAGCUGAUGAUCACAAAAAACAUACUCAAGAAGACGAGAAACUACGAAGAAACGCAACCUCGCGACAAUUGAGGAUUUAACAGUCGAAACCGAAAAAAAAAGAAAGUUGCAGAUUGCGCGGUUGCAUUAUUGGUUGCUCUUACGCGUUGAAUAAGCAACGACGACGACAACGACCACGACCACUUACCGAUGGGGUAUUAUCUUUUUUAUGUACUCUAUUCUCGAAUCUAUGACUGUAUUCAUUUCAAACACGUGUUCCACGCUCCUCGACCACCUGCCCGUUGUCGUUGGCACGUGAUUACUCUAUAUAUUUAUGUCGGUUGACAUAAUCAACUCAAGUGAACUGGUUACACGUACAAUUCUCAGCAGCAGAGAUUUCGUAUUCUUAUAUUUAUAGAACCUAUUUUUACAAGAUUAAACGAAAAUUUUUCUAAAAUAAGACGACGAAAAAAAAAAAAAAAAAGAAAAAAAAUAUUUACAAACUACAUCAAUUGCUAUUACAGAUGUCAAUUGAAGAUGUACAUUGGACUUUAUAUGUAUAUAUUUAUAUUAUGUAUUUCCAUGAAUUGAAUGACGAUUUGUUCUUAAAAUUUUUGUAGUACAUUCGACUUGUUCUUAUUUUAUCUACGAUAGUGUAUAGGUACUGAUUUCUUUCCAUGGAUUAUUAUUUAACCACGUACCCCUUACGUGUUUUGUUGAUUUGAAGCAUCUUAAGAAACAAAGAUUUUCCAAGAUUGUAUAUAAAUUACAAUUUACCAAAAGAAGAAUGCAUCUGUAAAUAAAUCUUUAAUAAAGUACCAUUCAUUCAUUGAAUUAUAA